UAACAGUCAGCCAAUGAAGGUCCGUGUCGUCACACAUCAGGAAGUCAUGUCCGUUGAACCAACCGGCUUCUUGAAGUUGCAUCCCAUCCUGUAGUAGCGCAUUCUGAGGGACGCACGAGAUGUUGCUGCUGGUGCUGAGCACCCUCCUCCUCCUCUUCUGCAACCUGGAUGUGUGGUACUUCCUGCGGGGGGCCCAGGUUUUUAUAGAAGCAUGGUUCCUACCCAGAAUAGAAGACAUUCUAGCUGAGCAAAGUAUUGAUGGCAUGGUCCUUCCUCAUGAUUUAGACUACCUGGGCCAUAUGAACAACUCUAGAUAUCUGAGGGAGUGUGACUUUGCCCGCUUCCACCACUACAUGAGAAAUGGGUUGUUCAUGGCCUCACGUAAACUUGGCGCCAAACUGGUAGUAGGGGCCUCAACCAUUCGGUAUAGGCGCUCUUUGGCCUUCAGAGAGGCUUUCCAGAUUCGUACCAAAGUGCUAGGCUGGGAUGAUAAGGCCUUUUACCUAGAGCAGCGCUUUGUAUCUAAGAGAGAUGGCUUUGUAUCUGCAGUCAUGCUUUGCAGGCAGAAUGUGGUGGGCAGUAGCCCAGAAAGCAUCAUGGAAUUUAUCUACAAGAAGCAGAUUGAGUGUCCACAGUUUCCAGAGGAGCUCAAACACUGGAUCAGCUUCAUUUCAGCCAGCAGUCAGGCACUGAGAGCAGAAAGCGGCCUGGAGGACAAAAACAAGUGAAGGCACACAAGAUACUUUGGUAUCAUGAGUGGCGACGCAUAUCUCAGCAUUGCACACACUCAAACAUACUUGCACCUUUCAGAGUGUUUUAGUCAACUUCAAAUACUCUACGUAUUUUGAUUUGGGGCCAGUCUUACACACCGUUUCUUAAUUGGUUGGUUUAUUUUGAUGUGGAAAACUUUAUUUACUGCAGCUAAGUAUAAAAAAAACUUGAAAUAAAUGAAAUGUUUACUUUAAAAUAAAGUGAAUCCAAAACAAAGCUUUAUCUUUGUGACUUACCAAGUAGUUGACUGUGAGUUGGGUGUUUUCAGACAUCUUCGUUCUCAUCUGAAGACAUCACUGAAUUUCAGAUUAGCAUGUAGCGCAAACAUUAAUAUUCUACCGGCAUAAAUGCAUGUUUCAAAACAAUCUGGAUAUUUUUCAAGCCUGUUUCUUAUAGUUUUGUAACAGAGUUACAAAACUAUAAGAAUAAUUUACAGUUAUUUUUAUAACUAUAUAAGUCAUAAUAUAGUUAUAAGAAUAUUAUAAUUAUAUUAUAGUUCUAAUUAGUUAAUAUAAUUAUGUUUUUCACUUAGAAUGAAAAACCAAAAACAUGUUUAAUAGACUAUUUUUAAAAAUAUAGCUAAACAUUUAUCAGCACUUUAUUUUGCCAGACUGAGAAAAAAAGAGCCAUUAUAAAAAAGGUGACCUCUUUAUUAGAGUUGCAUGUGAUUUUUAAGAGAAUGUUUUUGAUUGGCAGGUAUAAUAAUCAACAGCUAACAGGAGGUUGCUGGCAUCUUUUCAAAAUCUGCCACGCACAAGAAAGUAUGAGUGUUUUUGUGCUCUUAUUGAGAAAAUAAUUGAAAUGUGCAAACUUGUCAUUUAUGCAUCCCAAUUUUCUUUUUGUGACCAAAUUAACGUAUUGUCCUUAGUUAGAGAUAUAAAAUUUUUAAAAGUGUAUGCCUGUUCUUUUAUGUAUUUAUGCUGUCAAUGCUCUGUUUAGGAAAUCCUGGUUAAUACCUUGAAGUUUGAGGAUAUGGAUUGUAUGUUUAUUUUCCACUUACUGUUCUUUGAUUUAUGGAAAAUGAUUUAUCAGAUAUUAUUUAUUAUGUUUGUUAAUUAUCUUAAUGCAUUUUAAAAUAAAAAUGCACUGAACCUUG